AUGAUUGAGGACGAGGCCUUAGACAUCCAAGAGGCGCCGCAAGCUCUACAAGAUGUAAGUGGAGCUCAGCCUCCUGACGAAGGGCACGCGCGCCUGCGGCGUGAAGAAGAGGAUUUGCUCGAGUUGGAGGAAGAGGAGCGUGAACAGGGAUAUUCGCUGCGUGAUGAGUCGGUAGCGGAGCGGGCAUACCUGCGGCGUCGGGAGGAAGAAGCUGAAGAGGCCAAGGACGCUCGACUGAAGGCUAUCGAGGAAGAGAAGCUGGCUCGUACAAAAGCUGGAUUGCAGGCGGGCACUCGUACUCUCCAUGAAGCCUUUGAAUCGCUUCAGGAGCCUGGGGCUAAGACGCCACUACCGCUACUCGUAUCCGCACACGCGAAUCACGAUAGCCACAUACGGGAAGAAGCCCUCAAACAUCAACUUGAGAAGCCAGCCAAAAUUCGCUCUUCACUGGCUUCUAACGAGAUCCCCUCAACCGACCCCGGCUCGGAUGUUAUCCUCCAUCUUAGCUCUACCUCAUACGCCAAGGCAGCAGAUACCUUGUGUUCAGUUCUCGACAAGCAGCUUUCGCUUCUCAGUGACUGGUCUGGAAGAGGCAGCCACGUUGACUACACCUAUAACGAGGCUGUGCCGCUCGUUCGAGGCCGCUGGCUUGGCCGAGGCAUAAACGGAGACGUAUACGAAACAUCCUGCAAGGGUGUAGCAGUAGCUUGGAAAACUAUAUACUGCCGUCACGGUAUAAGUCACGAAGAGCGCAAGGAAAUCGAACUCCUCAAGAAGCUUAGGCAUGAGCAUAUUGUCAGGCUUGUGGGCACUUAUUCUCACGCACAGUUCUUGGGUCUGCUUCUAUGGCCAGUCGCGACUUGUGACCUUGCCACUGUGUUGGAGGAUCUGGAGGCGUUAUAUCACCCAGAAUCUCUGAUGGCAAGCACGAAGAGAAACAAGCCAUUAUUGCUCGGUUGGCGGCACUUGGCUUCGACGAUCUAG